ACGCCGGGUCUAUGCGCCGGAAGUAGUUAUCAGCUGCUGCCAAGGCACGUUAGUUUCUGUGAUCUGGACAGCGAUCAUGUGUGAAGUGGAAGACGGGGAUCACCUGGAGCUCUUCAAAAAGGAGAAAAGUUUGGGUACAAAAUGCAUGAAGUGCAAGGAAGGAACCGCUGCUAUUAUAAUCCGUGUGGGAGAUGCAUUCUGCAGGUCUUGCUUCAAAGAAUACUUUGUCCACAAGUUCCGGGCUAUGCUUGGCAAGAACAGAGUGGUGUAUCCUGGUGAGAAGGUUCUCUUGGCCUAUUCAGGUGGUCCAUCCUCGAGUGCAAUGAUCCAGCAAGUUCAGGAGGGCUUGAGUCGAGACGCUCCUAAAAAGCUGCGUUUUGUCCCCGGAAUCCUCUUUGUUGAUGAAGGGGCGGUUUGUGGUCAGAGCGGGGAGGACAGAGAGAAGACCGUUUCGGAGGUGGAACAUGUACUUCGGGGGACUGGAUUUCCAUUUCACAUAGUGGCCCUGGAAGAGGUUUUGUCUUUGCCGAGUUCUGUCCUGCAGAGGACCCCCCCAGGCUCUUCUGCCCAGAAGCAGAAUUACAAGCAGGCCGUGGGUCUCUUUCUGGAACAUCAGCAUGGAUCUACGGAGGAAUCGCACAUAACAGAUCAGCUGGCUCAACUCAGCACUGCAGACUCCGCAGCACCCAGGGCCAGUGACGCCGCGCCAAACACCGCUUCACGCAGCCGCCCUCCCGCAAGGCUUACGGAGGAACUGACGCAGCUGUUCACCCAGACCAAGACGCUCACCGCUAAACAGGAGCUGCUACACACACUGCGGACCCACCUAAUCUUACAUACAGCCCGGAGCUGUGGUUACUCUAAGGUGAUGAGCGGCGAGAGCUGUACCCGUCUCUCUGUCAGUCUACUCUCAAACAUCUCGCUGGGGAGGGGGGCUUUCCUGCCACUUGACACGGGUUUUUCUGACAGCCGCUUUGGGGAUGUUACCUUUAUCCGUCCCAUGAGAGAAUAUUCCCUCAAAGAAAUUUCUUUCAAUAACCGGCUGUUUGAUGUCCCGUCCGUUUUUAUUCCAACACUGGACACAAAGGCUUCUGACAAUAGCAGCAUCCAGCGGCUUUCUGAGACGUUUAUCACCAGGCUGCAGGCGGACUUCCCGUCCACAGUGAGCACUGUAUACAGGACUAGUGAGAAGUUGAAUCUGUCCACAGCAGAAAAGCAUCAAGAAGACAACAGGCAGGAAAAAUGUCUCAUGUGCUUGUGCCCUUUGGAUACGUGUGUGGGUUCUGCCUCUGCCUUCCAAGCGACGGAGGUGUCACAGCGACUGUCUCAGAGGACGGUAUACGGUACCGAGACGCCUGCAAAGGACUGUGAGAACACAUGCGGCAACGCAGGGCAAUGCUGCGAGCAAGAAAAGAAGGUACCUGCCUAUUUGACAAGGGGAGCUGGGACCCCCGGGAUCUUUAACAUGCUUUGUUACAGCUGCAGACUGACUGUAAAGGAACUGAAGUCCUUGGAUAAAAUGCCCCAGUACAUCCUCCACGAAGCAGAACACCGAAGCUGCAGGCGCGAAAUGAGAAAAGAAAUCCAGGAAUUCCUGCUCGAAGACGCUGACGUGUGACCUGAAAACUUCAUGCUCACCGUGUUUUUAGAGGAAGAAAGCAAUAAGCUAAACUAACCGUAUGAAUGGAAGGCCUUGUAUCAUUGUCCUGACCCAUCACGUUUUAGUUUUUAUUUAAUUUUUUUAAUAUGCCUAUUACUUUUAAAACUUUUAUGGAUUGGUUUACCUCUUGAAAUAAAUUGAAUUUUAAAUCUA